AUGAUAAAUACAUUGGGGUUAACAAGUAAGGUGAAACUACACCUUACACAUUCCGUGAUGUGGUCCAACAUUAUUACUCUAAAUAUUGAGAAUUUAGAUUUGCAGAGGCGACAAUCAACUCCGCCAAUUGAUGCCGAUGGGAUGAAUCAAUUGACUUAUGUACUUCGAGGAACAAACCCGAAAAACCACAAGACUGAAUAUGUCAUUCCCAUUUCUAAAAGGUCGGUAUUAACUUUAGAGAUGAUCAGCUUGAUAUUUGAAAAUAUUCAAAUUUUGGAAGACGACAUCCUUGACAAGAUGCUCGUAGCAGUUGUUGACCAUGACAGUUCUAUACUAUACUACUAUGUGCACAAAGGAGUUAAGAAUUACACAGAUUAA